AUGCAACAACCCUUACCACACCAACCAGAGACUUCUUCUCAUCCACAGCUCCACCAACAACAACAAUCUCCACCAAAUACUCAAGAAUUCACCUCUCCCAUUCUUAAUUCCUCUCAAGACAAGAACAAAUCCAAGUCAUUAGCAACGAUCACAUUAAUGAUACAAGAGGAUGAUGAUCCUCCCCACCCGUGUGCAGUGUCUAAUUCCAACGUUUUGGAACCAUCACAACCUCAACAUGGAGAAACUUUAAUUGAAAAAAAUCCUGAACGAAUGACUCUUGCAACCACAGUUGGAACGAGCAACAACAACAACAACUCCAUGAUCAUCAUCAAUCCUUCUGAUGUCGUUCCUGCAGGUCAGAAUUCCGAUUCGCACUUUCGAUCCUUUCUUUCAGCACUUUCCUUUUUAGUGUUCACUCGAAAAACGUUUUACAAUUUUUUCAAACCUCAACAUGAGAGAGAAUUUGUUCCAUCGAGUCAUUCUGUGGUGGCCAACAAUGCUCCAAAUGAUGAUGAGGAUGCACGAGGAGGUCAACAAAGACAUGUGGAAUCACCGAUUGCUCAAAAUAAUGUCACAAAUUCGAGAAUUUGGAAAAAAAAGAAACGUUUUCACUCAUCCACACAUCAUGAAUCAGAUUCAAGAAGACGAAACAACAACAACAACCAAAACCACACAAGGACCAACACAACCAAUUCCAAUCCUCAUUUCCUCAGUUCUUCCUACAAUUUAAAAAAAGAAUUUUACUCCAAAUCCACAACCUGUCACAUUGUCUUUGAUUAUGUGAUGGAAUGGCUUGUCGUCCUCGUGACAGGUGUCAUUGCUCUCAUUGUGUUCCAUGUUCCAUAUCCUCAAACCUUGUACUUUCGUUUGGAUGAUCCACGUAUUGGUUAUCCCAAUUUGGGAGUUCAGACAAUUCCAUUUAAUUUGAUUGUGAUUGUGUUUGUGGUGAGUGUGCCGAUUGGAUCCUUGUUGGUGUUUCAGUUGGUGUUUAUAAGGAAUAUUCAUGAUUUGCAUCACAUGUUAUUGGGAUAUAUUCAGUCCUUGUGUUUCAGCAUGUUAUUCAUGAUGUUCUUUUGGUUCUUCUAUCCCGAUUACCGACCAAGUUUUCUCUCCGAAUGCAAUCCUAUUCCGUCUCGAGUUCAAGCUCUUCACAAACAACGAGCCAAUCCAUUCAAUUCCAUUACCUAUUAUUUACCUCAAGAGAUUUGUUCACAUCCGGAAAGAUAUUUAGGCAUGAAAGUGAAUAUCACUCCAGCUUUCCCGAGUGGACAUGCUUCGAAUUUGUUUGCUGUAUGGAUUUAUGUCUUGUUGUACUUGUUUGCGAAAACAAAGGCUCUCUCCUUAAUGCAAGAUCGAAACAAGUACAAUCAUAGAAAUGGUUCUCUCACAAGUACUGCUCGAAGAGGAAUUCUCUUCUUUCCAUUUGUGACUUUAUUGAUAUUGGCAUGUGCUGUUUGGAUUGGGGUAUUUUCUCGAGUGUUGGAUUAUCAACACACGUGGACUCAAGUUAUUGUUGGAACCAUUAUUGGGGUGUUUUGUGGGGUUUUGGUCUACAUGUACAAGUUUGGAAGUUUGUUUGGACAUAAUUCACACAUACCAUUGUAUUAUUAUUGGAAAGAGGAGUAUGAAAGUUCUUAUGAAAAACCAGAUGAAGAAGCUUCAAAUGAAAUGAACAGACGCCCUUAA